AUGUCUGGACUAGCGAAAACAUUUUUCAUUUUUAAAAUUAAUUCCGGUUUAUCUAAAUUUAAUUCUUACAAACGGAUAUUGGCCUGUGCCUAUAGUACCAAAAGUAAGAUAUAUUCAGAUGCAAAUGAAGCUAUAAAAGAUAUACAAGAUGGAUCCAAGUUGCUUGUCGGAGGUUUUGGUCUGUGUGGUAUUCCAGAGAAUUUAAUUAAAGCGCUGAAUAAUAAAAAAGUUUCACAACUAACUAUUGUUUCUAACAAUGCUGGUGUUGACGAUUUUGGUUUAGGUGUAUUACUAAAAAGUAAACAGGUGAAAAGAAUGAUAUCAUCCUAUGUUGGGGAAAAUGCUGAAUUUGAAAGACAGUUUCUAUCUGGAGAGUUGGAAGUAGAACUGACUCCUCAAGGAACUUUGGCUGAGAGAAUCAGGGCUGGUGGUGCUGGAAUACCAGCUUUCUUUACUCCAACUGGCUAUGGAACUCUCAUUCAUGAAGGUGGUUCUCCUAUUAAAUACACUAAGGAUGGAAAGAUCGAAAUCCCAAGUUCACCACGCCUAACACAGCAGUUUAAUGGGAACAACUACAUAAUGGAAGAAGCCAUAACUGGUGACUUCGCUUUAAUCAAAGCAUGGAAAGCAGAUAAACACGGAAAUUUGCUGUUCAGGAAAACUGCUCGAAAUUUCAACCCGACCAUGGCAAGAGCAGCUAAGAUAACCAUAGCUGAAGUUGAAGAGAUAGUUGAUGAAAUUGAUCCAGACAUCGUCCACACACCGUCCAUUUAUGUUCAUAGAGUUAUUGUAGGUAAGAAAUUUGAGAAGCGUAUUGAAAGAAGAACUGUCGCAAAGGCCAAGGAAAAUAAGGAGAAGAAACCGUCAGAUCUAGUUAGGGAGAGGAUUAUAAAAAGGGCAGCUUUGGAAUUUAAAGAUGGAAUGCAUGCUAACCUCGGUAUAGGAGUUCCAAUGUUAGCAAGCAGUUUUAUCCCUAAGAACGUAAAUGUACUCUUACAAUCUGAGAAUGGUAUCCUCGGGCUUGGUCCUUAUCCGACUGAAGAUCAAAUCGAUGCUGACCUCAUUAACGCUGGAAAGGAAACCGUUACUAUUAAUGCAGGUGCAUCAUACUUCUCGUCCGAUGAUAGUUUCGCUAUGAUCCGUGGAGGUCACGUUCAGUUAACUAUGUUGGGAGCUUUGCAAGUCUCUCAAUAUGGAGAUUUAGCCAACUGGAUGAUACCGGGUAAAAUGGUGAAAGGUAUGGGUGGAGCCAUGGAUCUUGUCUCAUCACCGGGUACUAAAGUUGUAGUGACUAUGGAACACUCAGCUAAGAAUGGAGGACACAAAAUAGUACCCGAAUGCACAUUACCACUCACUGGAAAGCAUUGUGUUGAUUUGAUAAUUACAGAAAAGUGCGUAAUGGAAGUUGAUAAAGAAAAAGGCCUCACAUUGGUCGAGUUAGCAGAUGGAGUAAAGGUGGAAGAUAUUGUAGCCAGUGUUGGAUGCGAGUUCAAUGUGUCGCCAAAUCUAAAAAAGAUGGGUGACAUCACUCAAAUGGACGCGGAAUAG